AUGCCACCCAAAAGCUCGCCCAACUCAACAUUCAAAAAUCGUGAAAAACCACAAGAAGUGCGUAAAGCUAACAUUAUAGCGGCUCGUGCUGUGGCAGACGCCAUCCGUACUUCUUUGGGGCCUAAGGGUAUGGACAAGAUGAUUAAGACUGCUCGCGGAGAGGUGAUCAUCUCGAAUGACGGACACACAAUUCUUAAACAAAUGGCCAUUUUGCAUCCGGUGGCCAAAAUGCUGGUCGAAGUUUCUGCUGCUCAGGACACAGAAGCCGGCGACGGAACCACGUCUGUAGUAAUUUUGACGGGAGCUCUUUUGGGAGCCGCCGAGAAGCUGCUCAAUAAAGGCGUGCAUCCAACAAUCAUCGCGGAAUCGUUCCAAAGAGCCGCCAGAAGAUCGGUCGAAAUUCUGGUAGACAUGUCCCAAAAAAUCUCGCUUAAAGACAAACAAGCGCUGGUACGCGCCGCAGCUACGUCCCUGAGUUCCAAGAUCGUUUCACAACACUCAUCGUUUUUGGCCCCAUUGGCAGUCGACUGCGUUCUGAACAUCACCAAUGAGGAGAGCACAAAUGUCGACCUUUCCGAUAUACGUCUUAUCAAAAAGGCUGGUGGAACCAUCGAUGAUACAGAAAUGGUUGACGGUGUGGUAUUAACUCAGAACGUGGUGAAAACUGCCGGCGGUCCCACCAGAAUCGAAAAGGCUCGCAUUGGUUUAAUCCAAUUCCAAAUCUCACCUCCUAAGCCUGAUACCGAAAACAACAUUGUGGUCAAUGACUACAGACAAAUGGACAAAAUUUUGAAAGAAGAACGUGCAUACCUGCUGAAUAUUUGUAAGAAAGUCAAAAAGGCCAAGUGUAACGUGCUACUGAUCCAAAAGUCCAUUCUAAGAGACGCUGUCAAUGAUUUAGCACUUCACUUCUUGUCCAAGCUAGGAAUUAUGGUUAUUAAGGAGGUUGAAAGAGAUGAAAUUGAAUUUUUAUCUAAGAGUUUAAACUGUAAGCCCAUCUCAGACCCAGAGUUUUUCACCGAAGACCGCCUGGGGUCUGCAGACCUCAUUGAAGAGAUUGACAGUGAUGGAUCCAAGAUUGUCAGGAUUACCGGCGUCAAAAACAACGGUGCCAGCCCAACGGUAUCCGUUAUCAUUCGUGGUGCUAAUAACGUCAUUCUAGAUGAGACGGAGAGAUCUCUUCACGACGCACUGUGUGUCAUACGUUGUUUAGUAAAAGAAAGAGCAUUGAUUGCGGGUGGUGGUGCCCCCGAAAUUGAAGCCUCCCGCACCUUAAUGAAAGAGGCAAGAUCCUUGCAAGGUGUAGAAGCCUUUGUGUGGCAAGAAUUUGCCUCUGCUCUAGAGGUCAUUCCAACGACACUGGCCGAAAACGCCGGUCUUUACAGCAUUAAAGUGGUGACCGAGCUCCGCACCCUUCAUGAAAAUGGUGAAAAGAACGCCGGUAUCUCAAUUCGCAGAUCUGGUACUACAAACACUUUCGAUGAGCAUGUCUUACAACCGCUUUUAGUUAGCACAAGCGCAAUCACAUUAGCAUCUGAAUGUGUGAAAUCCAUCUUGAGAAUAGACGAUAUUACGUUCAGUCGCUGA